AUAACAUACACAAUCCACCAGUCGUUUCCUGGACAAUACGCUGUAAUGACAGUGUUAUAACAGGACAUAUGUGGCCAGGGAAUGUUAUCAUAGCAGGCCACGUGGUCGUUAAGAUGGUUUCACUUUCAUUCUUCGUGAUCAAGCUGUAAUACCCAAACACCUUUCUUCAUACUGUAUCUCUUCUGUCUGCAGCAGAAGUUUGAAGGAGAGUAACAUGGAUCUACUCUGGAAUAUUCUUGAACGCCCGGUGGAUAUUCUUAUUCUUACUGUUAUUUCUAUUCCUUGCACACUACAAUUCAUUUAUGAAUGUCUGACUCAGCUGGUAAAUCGAGGUUACAUUGCUCCAGACAACAGAGGAUUUGUCGACCGAAUCUGGAUAUGUCAUCGUCAAACAAAGAGAUUGAUGGUUUUCACACUUGAGACAGUUGUACGGUCAAAAAAGAUCAGAUUCCACACGAUGGUCUUUGGAAAUAUCAUGACGUGUGACAAGGACUUUUUGAGAAGACUGGGUAUCAGUCUCAAAGAAGAGUUCCUUGUGGAUCAGUGUGACGUCAUCAUUGCUUUCACCCCGAUUGUCUCUCGAGCUGGAACUGACAUCGAAGCUGCUCUUAAGAAGAUACCAGAAAACAAACCUGUUGUUUUUGUGGUGCUCCAUCACACGUUUGAUCCGGAAUACAACGUUCCAGACAGCAGCCGAGCUAUUAACAGAAGCAACCUGUUGGCUGUGGACUGUCUCUUUCAUGAAGACCAGGGCCUGCUGAAAUGUCAACGUAACACAAAGGCACUAAAAGCAACAGAAAACUAUUUACGAGACAUCAAGAGGAAUUAAAAAGUGCUAGGAAGGUUUUAAACUGGAAACGAAUGCUUACUCUUUGUUUAAUCGCCUGAAGUAUCUGAUUACACUGCUGUAUUGCUUGUUGUCCAGACAUGUUUUUUUCAUGGAAAUUAAGAUUUCAUAUGAUAUGCUUGACAUAGUUAAUAAUGCAGAUAGUUGUACAUAAUUUAAAAACAACCAAAGCUAUAAACCAAAGUUUAGCUUUCUGCUUAAGAUGCAGUAUACUCUGGCAGGCAGAUUGUUGUAUCUUCCAGGAGCUACUGAUAUCUGAUUGAUAUUCCAGUAAUCAUCUUUCCUGCAUUAUUGGAAGUAUUCUGAAAAUAAAUCACAUUAAGAAUCCUG